GUGAAGCAAUGGCGCACUCCAGCAAUGUGCCCAGCACAUCAUCAGUCUCUGUGCCACAAGGCAGUGAAGACGACCUGGUCUUCGAUCUUCCAGCCGACCUGCUUGACUUGUCCUUUGACUUGCCACCGGAUGAAGCCAAUCCGCCGGACUCCACAGCUCGCGAUGAACCUGGACCAUCCGGUGUUCAGCCGCCGGCGCCCAAGCAGCCGAAGCAACGCAAAAAGAAAGGCAAGCACCGACCUGUCAUGCCAGUGCUGCGUUCGAGCCGUGGCCGGGACCUGAAGCUCACCGUCCGGUUCAAGAGUGAAGGGUUCAAGGAUGAUGACACGCCGUGGACAGUCACGGAACGGAAGUGCCUGCUGGCUGCGCUGAAGGAGCACGGAAGCAGUGACGUCAGCAAACUGGCCAAGGCGGUCCGCACGCGAAGCGUUGCUGCAGUCAACCACUUCUUGUUGGAGCGCCGCCGCUUGAAGGAUCGCGUGGUGAUCCAGGGCCCGGCCGGCAACCGUGCGGCGUACUCGGGCCGUGUCCUGCGGAGGGCCCUGAACGUGAUACGGCGUCGUUACGACCGCACAAAAUUGCUCCCACAGAUAGUCGCAGCAUGUGAGCGGCAGCCGUUUCCAGAGCCCAUGGAGGAGUCCACUGGGGAGCUGCCGCAGUUUGAGGACCUCUACCAGGUGAUGCGCGAGUUGAUGGAGAACCACGUUCCAGCCGCCCUGGGAGAAUGCGAACUCUGGCUGCUGGGUCGUCUCCUGUCGACCCUUGGCACCAUGAUCGGGACGCUCGACCUGGAUGCUGAGAAGGAAGCUCUGCAGAAGGCUCUCCUCUGGGCUGCGGCGCAGCCCGCUGAUGGCUACUCAAGGUCCACUGGCCAGAAUUCAGCGCAGUCCGAGUCGGCACCAUCUGAGGAAAGUGCCCGGAUCCAUCUCAACUUCCCCAGCAUGAAGGAGCGUAAGGACGGCCUGCGCUCCUCGUGGAACCCGCUCCAGAUGUCCCCGGCUGUAAUCCAGGGCCCAUGGCCCACCAUCCAGGAGUACCUGGCCAGGAACGCCUUCCGGCACCGGAGCGCCGAGACUGACGACUCGGGGGCGCCUCCAUCCACUUCCACUGCCUCCUCGGGUCGUAGAAAGGGGGAGCUCCGACCUUUGGAGGCAUUUCGUCCCUGGAAGAACUGAUCCUGCCAGUGACCUAGCUGUCUUCGAGGCAUGCGUUUCAGCAUGACAUGUGGCCGUUACAACACAUGCUGUGCUCCCAGACAUGAUUAUCAUGAGAAGUGCUAACAAGGGCAGAGAACAAAUAUUAUGAGAGCUUUGUGACGGUCCUUCCUUGCGCGAUUAACUGUCCUGGCCAGCCUUUGUGAAUGUGAGCAAAUCCAGUUUGCAUGUGCCUUGGUGUGUUUGCAUGCAGCCUUGCGCUUCUAUUUAAAAAUACCCAUAAACGUCCUCAGAGAGGGUGUUACAUCCAGGAGGGGUAGGCUUACCUUCAUGUGGUGUGAUAAACAGUAUAGUAAAGAAAUAGCAAGCGUAUUAUAGUUAAAUCAUAAGUCUAUUAAGGAAGCGUGCAGAUCACCAAAAGAUAAAGUGUAGAAGUUACACUUUAUCUAGAGUGUCUACAGUUGCACAUAUAUAUAUAUUUUAAAGAAAGAUCUUUUUUUAUUUGUAAACAAAUACAAGCAUUGGGGUGCUUAUUUAGAAGGCGGUCCCCUAACACACGGCUGAAAGGGGACCUGCUUUGCAUAAUUGUAUAAGACAAAAUGACACAAACAGCACACGUUCACUGAAAUGCAAAACUCAACUGGCAGAAAGGAGAAAGUUUGGUAGUUAAUUAAUACAGCACAUGUAGAAUAUCAUUGAUCACAAAAAGGCAUUUGUGAGAAAAAGCAUGUUGUUGGUAUCUGUAUUUAAGCAUAACAAAUAAUAGAAAUGUGGCUCAUCAAAAAUGUAGUAGAUGAAUAUAAAUCGUUAUAGGAAAGAACAUGAAAAAUAAAGGCAAAACUGACAACCAGCUUCUGUGCUCAGCAUGCAGGAGCUCCUGGUACCUUUUGGAGAGAUGUGUGAUGGCAGAUUCAAAUCCCUUUAGUGCAUUAUAUGAAUUAACUACACACAAGUGAUAGCGACGAAGGAAAAUGGCCACAGGGAAACCAAAGAAGCAAUCAGAAAAAGCAGAGUGAUUGUAAAGUUUAUGAAAGACGUGCAACUUUGCAUUGCUUGAAUAAGCUUCAUAAGCUUCAUAAGUGACUUCUUAGUGCCGUGAUGCUAGAAUAAUGUGAGUGAUCGGAAAAAUAAUGUUCAUGGCAUGGUUUUGCACAGCUUCAAUGUUAUAAGUUGGGUAGGCCUCAUCUAGGAUCCCGACUGAUGGAAGCUUGUUCUAUUUUUGGACGAACGAGUGUAAGGUGCGAGCGGUCAUGUAUCUAGGGAGGCGCAUGAUUCAGUGCAUGUUUGACAAGGCGGGACGAGCGGUUAGCUAGAUGGCUGUUAGAGGAUGGGUGUUGGUUUUAGCUUUUGCCAAAAACGUCAUGGGUUUGUUAAGAGGAGGGAAGAAAAUUCGUUUGUAAAAAAAAAAAAAAAGUUAUGUCUCAUGUUCAGCAAAGAAGGUGUUCUCAUUUUUGUAGGUGUUUCUACAGACUUAUUUUUUUUCUCAUUGAGUAGGCUUCAAAGCUGCUUGCUGAACCGGGCAUGGAAUUGGAACAUUUUAUUUUGCUGAGAGGAAUGUACUAUGUGUUGAUCAAGCUAAUGAGCAUAUUUUUUAGCCACAUCCAGUUAUCUUCAACUGUCCUCUUUGAAUAGAUGCCGAGGAAUUGGUUAGAGAAUGCAGAUUGCAUUUUGAGCUCAUUCUAGUAAAGUUAGCUUCCUUGUAUUGUAACAUCUUAUGUACUUGUUGGUAAUUUCGGUGUCUAGUAGAUAAGACAGCCAAGCCGCUGUUAGUAAUGUUGUCAUAAGACAAAGUAUUAGCAGGCGGCAAAGUUAAAGAAAAAUUCAGGCUCAUCUGUUAGUAUUAGGCUGAGAGUGUUAGCAGAUGAAGCUGUCAUUUGUGUGGGACAAGUGAUUAGAUGGCCUAAGGAAAAGUUCAGACAAGUUUGAAGAAAACAUUGCUUCCCUGGUAGGGUUGCUGCAACAGACAACAUUGGCAAUUAAUACCUGGAAAGUUGAAGUUCCUGAGAGCAAGCACAAUUAGAAAAGUGACUGGUUACUAUAUUGAGAAUCAUUUGAAAUUCGUCUGAAAAUGUGCUGCUCAUUUUACGGGGGUUCAUAAAAUGCACCUAGUAUAAGUAAGAACCUGAAAUUAUGUUUAGUUGUGACCCAUAAUGAUUCUAAAGAUGUAUCAGUUGGAACAUAUGUGGCCCUAAACUGCUCUUUAACAGUCCGCAAAACACCUUCACAUCUGUAUUUGCUUUGAGUCACAUUGAAAUAGUUUUUGAAUGCAGACUAGGUACUCAAAUUCAGCAGAUCGGGCACUGAGUCAUCAAUCCAGGUUUCAAUGAGUGUCAGUGGCGAUCCUGAGCACGAAUUGAUGGUGGAUGGUAAAUCCAGAGACUUAUAGAGCAUACUUGUAAUAUUUGCGAAGAGGAGAGAGAUGCUGCCAUCACAUGAGUAAACGUGUUGAGUUGAAACGAUAGGAGUACAAUGGGAAGAUGGCUUCUUACUAUUGCGUGCGCAUCAGUCUGCAGUACUCUAGAGAACUUGUGUUGUGCAAUUUUCUCCAGUGUGCUCGUGUAGAUAUCAAUAUUGAUAUGCAGCUCGUUAAGACCGGCUCUACUCUAUCACUUUAUUUUCAUGUAGUUCUAGAGAACUGCGGAAGCUUUCAUCCUUUAUCUCAAACUUCGUUGGUACAUUCACAAGCAAUGCUGAACAAAGCGUUGUUGAGCUUGUAGCAGUGGCUUAGCACCAACUCGUCUACCUUGUGAUUUAAGUAUUUUGGGAUCGUCCUGUCUGAGAAAGAAAAAAACCCACCUGAGCAGUAUGCCCUGGCAAUGGAAGAAACUUUUGAGCCAAAUUUACAUUUGCAGAAAUCCAGUACAAGUUGCUUGCGUGCCUCCCAUGUUUCAUUUUAUCAGCAUUGGUAAUACUGUAAAACGACAAAUUGCACCUACAUUGAGCGGUUUUCUAAAUUGUAGAUUGUACCUUGAAUUCUGCAGAGAUUUUGACGCGGUUUGUGGCAACCCAUGACCCGCUCCCUCCUCUCCCCUUGACACCUUCGUUACCAUUUGCAACAUUGUUGUCUUAAUGGAGUUAAGUGUUUCAUUGUAGUUAGGCGAAGGAGAAUGACAAGCAGUGGCUACUACUUCGGAUUCUAGUGCACUGUAACUGCUUCUAGUUUGCUCUUCAAGGUGAAAUGAAGGUGUAAUGUCUUACUUACAGUUUCAAGAAUGCUUGUGCUGUUAGCCUCAAGCAUUUGAGUGGCAUUAUGCACAAGUUAAGAAUGUUAUCUUUGAGGCUCUGUCACUGGCCCAGGGCUUAGAUCUAUGUCACCCCAAAGGAGUAAAAAACACCACAGGUGCAUAACAGAGGCACAAAAAUGUUUUAAAGAAGUGGGUGGCCACGAAACUGCCAUAAGGCACACACCAUUGUCACUACAGCUGCAGACGUCGUGCAACGAACCUGCAGAAGCACGAAGUACUAAAUGUGGCAUCCCGUGCAAAGCAAUGCUUUGGCUCCUUAGUAUGUGUGAAGAUAGCGCACAUGAAGGCCGAGUAGGACAGCAGCACUAAAGUUGAACUUGUUUACCAAAGCUUGCAAUGCUCUCGUAAGACACCAAAUGGCAUUUGCAGCUUGUGAAUGCAUAGGUGGCCUGUUGUUGACGUGCAUUGUGUUGUGGUUUUGCCACAUACUAGUAUUUUGGAGGCAAAGGGUAGUGUCUCACCUUGGCAUACUAUAGUAGCAAGGCACCAAUCACACAUACUUGACCUAGGUGAUGUCUGGUGAUUACACGUGGCAAUAACGGACCGUGCUGUGCUGAAACAUCGUUGUCCCCACCCAUUCGUUUUUGUUACCAUUUCUUUUUGUCACUGAAUACAGAGGCUACAUAUAGGGCUAGGCACCCUGUGUGGGCUCUGCGUGCGUUUAUUCCUCCUCAGCUCACCAAGUGCAGCGAGCUUGCGGUGGAACAAGUGUGUCACAACUUGUUUGUUGUAAGCUUGCGUGGAGAUCAUCCAAAGAACGAGCAAAUAUUGAAGGCAUGAUUAUUUCUGUUGCUUAUUUAUUUGUUGUUGAGGCAGCAGCACUGCUGUGCCUGAAGCAUUUACCAUUAUGCUGUCAUGAACACUCACUUUUUGAAGACAAAAUAAAUCUUCCGUUUGUUUGC